AUGGAUUUAUUUUCUUUCGAGGCCUGUCAAACUCCUUACAAAAAGGAAAACAACGGCCUGAUGAAGAAUACGCAAGAUCUCUUCAAGGAUAAUAAUGGGUUUAUUCCCUUUGAUGAUAGUAAAAACCCACAAGUAAAUACAAACAGCAGAAAACGCAAGCGUGCUGAAUUAGAGGUUAUCACUGUGCUUACCGACGAAGACUAUCCAUGGAUAUCCAAGAAUUAUGAUUUAAAUCAGUUUGAUCAUGCGACGGAACUCUUGAACCAAGAAUUACGGGAUUUUGUGGACUAUAUAAUGCCGACCAUGGAGGAGAAGCGAAUGAGAAAGUUUAUCAUUAAGCGAAUAGAGAAUGUCUGCGCAGAAUUAUGGAAGGAGUCGAUGGUUUAUGCAUUUGGCAGUUUUGAUACAAGAUUAUAUCUUCCAACUAGUGACAUUGAUCUAGUGUGUUUCUGUUCUGCAUACAACGCCUACAAGCCAGAUUCAACCUUGAAUAGACUGUCUAAAAGACUCAGGAAUCAAGACAUAUGUCAGGGACCUCCUCAAUCGAUCGCCCGUGCAAAGGUUCCUAUUAUCAAAUGUCAGGAACGACAUUCGGGCAUAUCUAUCGAUAUUUCGUUCAACAAUAUUUCUGGGUUAGAAUCGGCUCGAGUAGUCAAGGAAUACUUAAAUACAAUUCCUGCCCUUAAGGAGCUCACGAUUGUUAUCAAACAUUUUCUAAAGUUGAAGAAUCUCCACGAUGCUGCUUUUGGGGGACUUGGCAGUUAUAGUAUUGUGAUAAUGUUACAUCCACUGAUUCAAAAAGGUUACAUAAAACCAGAAAAAAAUCUUGGAGUACUUCUCAUAGAAUUCUUUGAGUUCUACGGAAACCAGUUUAAUUUCCGAGAUCUCGUGGUUAGCAUACGAGAUGGUGGCAGAUAUUAUCAAAAGAGAGAUUGUCUAUGGACAUCGUUAAAUUUCGCCCAAAUAUGUCUAGAAGAUCCUGCCAAACCAGACAAUGAUGUUGCAAGAGCAACAAGAAACUGGUAUGACAUCAGGAAAGAAUUUGGUUUGGCAUAUCUUGACUUGACUGAAAAGGUGGCGUACGUGCAGAAAACAUAUUUUGAUGAAAAGGGCAAGAAGAAAGUCUCGGAUGAUGAUUUCCCAUUAUCUAUAUUGAAAUCCAUAUUACAUGUUCCGGCUGAGAUAAGAUCUUCGAGGGAACGGUUACAUGAGGCGUACUCGAAUGGAGAAUUGCAAGGGGCUCUAGGAGUUACUCAGGAUGAAGAUUUUACAGAUGAGUUUUCGGAAACAACUCUACGAACGAAAGAAGAGCUUAUCAAACACUCGUUCAUUGAAGAAAUUCGAGAAGUUGAUAAUCGAUUGUCUAAUAAUUAUUCUAACUUCAGAAAUAAACGUUCAUCUGGUAGAGAUUUUGAUUUCCUUGAUCUGGUAGGUUCGACUUCGAGAAACAACAAACGGCAUAAGAAAAACGGAUCUAAUAAUAAAUACGACAUGCAACAUCCGCCAUUUGUUGCUCUCUCCAGUGAGGAGGAGAACAAUUCGGGUUUUUGGUAA